AUGAGUGUCCCCAGUGUCAGCUCCCAUCUCCUCCAGCACCAGUGGAUUCACACUGACGAGAGGCCCUUCCACUGCCCCAACUGUAGGAAGGGCUUCCAGUGCAACUCCAACCUAAUCAGGCACUGGCGCAUCCACACUGGGGAGAGGCCCUAUGAGUGUCCCCAGUGUGCGAAAAGGUUUCAGACCAACUCCAGUCUCCUCCUGCAUGAGUGGAUUCACACAGAGGAGAGUCCUUUCCGCUGCCCCGACUGCCGGAAGGGAUUCAAGCACAACUGCCACCUCAUCACCCACCGGCGCAUCCACACUCAGGAGAUGCCUUAUGAGUGUCCUCAGUGUGGGAAGAGCAUCUCCAUGAGCUCUCACUUGACCAGACACCAAUGGAGGCACUGGUAA